AUGCAUUUUAUUAAGGAUAUAUUCAAUAAAGUUGUAGGAUCAAAAGAACCAUUAGUAGAAUAAGAGAUUUUUGAUUUUGUAAUUUUAGGAACAAUCUUUAAAUUAGAUGAAGCAAAAUAUACAAUAUUGUAAGUAAAACUCUGAUAUGCUUAGAUCAUCUAAUUCAGAAUUUGUGUUUGAUUAAUUAACAAAUGAUGAGUUUGAUCAUAUUCUGAUUGUACGAUUACACAGAGCCUCGAAAUCUUAUAAUAAUGUAGUUGGAUAAAAGGAAGGAGACUUUUAUUUCAAUAUUUCAUUUUUUAAAUCAAUACAAUAUUAACCAUUAAGUGAUUCUAUAGAUGAGUUUAGUAUAGAUUUGAUGUAUCACUUAAACUUAACCAUAGAGAUAUUUAAGGUAUUAAAUGGAGUCUAAGAAUGCAUUUCCUAAAAAGCACAAAAUAAGACAAUUUAAAAAUUUUAAAUUUUAAAUUGUAUUUAAAUAAAUUAAUUUGGAUUCAAAAAACCAAGAAGACCCUCCCAAAAAAUAUAACUGAACUAGAUAAUCUGAUACCUUCAAAAUAAUGGUCCAAAUUUGAGAUACCUAAUUUAUUGCUCUAAAAAUAAAUAAUUAACACCUAAAUGAGGGUAGAUAGAUCAAUUUUAUCAUUAUCAAAUAUUAGAACUAUUUUAGAUUAACAAACUAUAGGAGAUGUUAUAAACUACCUUUUGCAGCAACGCAAUAACUCUAUAAAAUAAAUUUAUGCAGGUAAACUAUAUACACUCUACACAUAAUUGGCAGAAACUAGGCUAAUAAAUCCUUUGGUUAUUAUGACUUUAAAUAUUGUAUCUAAUGCAGAGAGUAGAAUAGAACUAUACAAUUAAGAUAGAUAAUUACUAUUAACUUAAUAAAUGAAAGAUUUGGCCAAUUUUUAAUUAGACACUGAUGAGAACUUUUUAAGUUGGGUUUAUUAUGAUGGAUAAAAUUAGAGUGUUUUAUAUUUAAAAUUUGACAAUUUAGAUGGAGCUAAAUCAAUGGCCUCUAUUUUAAGGAAAUCAAAAAUAAACAUGAGGAAAAAAACAAACUUAUAAUUAGAGACUUCUACUUCAUUUAGUUAAAUCUCAAUAACAACGAUUAAUUUAAAUGAAUCGUAUAAUUAAGUUCAAUUAAAAAAAUAAAAGAAAUACAUUUAUAAAGAUGACAUAUAUACUAUAAAAGGAGGUUUAAAGACAGCAACUACUAAAAAAAUCUUAUUAAAUGAAGCUGACAAUCUAAUAAUUUUAGAAGAUAAAACGAUUUCUUUUCUCAAUUAUAAUAGAACCUAUUAAAUUAAUUAACAUAUUAAAUUUGAUAAAACAUAUCUUGACUAUAAUUCUAAAAAGUUAGUUUUAUAUAUUUAGUUUUAAUAUGUAUUACACAUGAUUGAUUUAGGAACUUAAACUCAGGAUAUUAUUAAAUUAAAUUUUUAGAUAGCAGAUGUUUGCUCUUAUGAAAAUUAAUUUAUAUUAUUAAGUAAUUAAUCAGUAUAUGUGUUAAGAGAGGGUAAUUCAAUUUAAAAAAGUAAGAUUAAUUUUGAUAUUAUUAGUUAAUGAAAUAGAUUAAAAUUUAAUUGAUAACUACCAAAUUAUAAGAUGCUCAAUUAAUGGAUCUAUUGUUAUAGGCACAUUUUAAGGUUUAGUGCUUGUAUUUGAUAAUAUUUUAACGAUGAAAUAAGUAAAUAUUUUUGAAGGACAAGGGGAUCUUAUUCAAGAUAUUGUAUUAAGUACAGAUGAAAAGUAAGAUAUAAGUUUUAAAAUAGGUUUAUCAUAAUUAAUAAUUCUUAAUACAUCUAAUAUUAGUAAAUAAUAACAAAUCACUAAAAUGGUUAUCAGUAAAAGUUAGAUUUGAAGCCAUCUCCAAUUAUAGUUUAACUACACCCUGAAGAUUUGAUUUUGAUGGGAAUAUAUAAUUAUCCAAAUUUUUAACAUGUAAGGAUGGAUAAAAAAAAUAAAGUUAUUGCAGCUUAGCUCGAAAACUUGCAAGUGAUUUGGAAUGUUUAAUAAAUAACUCAUCAAUAACAAAAUUCAUAUCAAGUAAUUUAAUUUCACUAAGGUUAGAUUUUCAUUCUCCCUGAAGAAAUCUUUGAUCAGCAAUAUAGAGAAGAAGAUAUUAUAAUUCUGUCAGAAUCAAAGAUUUCGAUUAGAGAAUGUUCUUGA